CGGGGUGUGUGAGGUGUGUGCGCGUCAGACGUGUGACUGUGAUUAGAGCAGUGCAGAGAUCUGCGUGGGAGGGGGUAUGAGGCCACCUGAGCCACAGUGGUCCCUCCUCCAGCCUGCAUCUCCAUGGCAACCACAGCCUCGCUCUCGGGCUCCAGCCCCUGGCCCGCCCCGCCUGGUGGCGAAGCGUCUGGAGCUGCAUCCUCCGCAACCGCACCGCAUCCCUGUCCUCCCGCGACUGCGUCCUGCAGCAACUGCCUGCUGGGACACAGCCCACCAUCCACCAUGGUGAAGCUAGGCUGUAGCUUCUCGGGGAAGUCAGGCAAGGAGUCAGGAGACCAAGAUGGAGGAGCCAUGGACAGUGUCCCUCUGAUCAGCCCCCUGGAUGUCAGCCAGCUUCAGCCAUCAUUCUCUGAUCAGGUGGUCAUCAAAACACAGACAGAAUAUCAACUUACCUCUGGAGACCAGCCAAAGAAGUUUGGAGAUUUGGAGGGUCAGAGGCUGGCCUGUGGCCACCCAGAGGAAGGACGUAAAGUGCCUACUGCAAGGAUGCUCGCCUUUGCCAUGGCACUCCUGGGCUGUGUACUGAUCAUGUACAAGGCCAUUUGGUAUGACCAGUUCAGCUGCCCAGAUGGCUUCCUGCUUCGGCAUAAGAUAUGCACCCCGCUGACCUUGGAGAUGUAUUACACCGAGAUGGACCCCGAGCGCCACCGCAGCAUCCUGGCAGCCAUCGGCGCCUACCCGCUGAGCCGCAAGCAUGGCACCGAGAUGCCCGCCGCUUGGGGGAACGGCUACCGGGCCUCCAAGGAGGAGCACAAGGGCCCAACCCCAGCGGCGGUGGCUGUGUCCACUGCAGCUGCAGCGGGCACAGAGCCGUCAGGGAAGCCUCUGGCCAUGAGGGAGAAAGAAGAUCUGCAGAAGGCAGAGGGCGUGCCAUCCCAGGCACCCCAGUGACUGUCGUGCCCCACCACUCGCUCUGCCAGUGACUAGGCAUCCCCUGCCAGCUGCUUUGACCUACACACCGCCUGAUGCUUCUCCACCCAGUGAUUGUGCUCCUGCCCCAAAGCGUCCCACUGAAGCCCCCUACCCCUGGUGAGCCUCUGGCUCUGUUGCUUUUCUUUAAGUAAAGAGCCAGUCUACCCAG